AAAAAAAAAUUAUCCCAUGAUUUGUGGAGAAUAUCAUGAAUUGUUAAAAGGGUUGCGAAGAAUGUUUCAAUUGAAUAGAGAUAUUGGUUACUAAUUGGGAUUGGUUGGUCAGCCGCUUUAUGGACAAUGGUGUGGUUAUUUUAGUUUUGAGCUAAUUAUUUUGGAUAUUACAGCUAGAAGAUAAAUUGCUUUCUUGGAAAAAGUUUGAUUCUUGAAUUGACUUCUGUAACACUGAAUAAAAGUUAUCUUGAUUAAAAGGCUUGUGAAUUGGAAUUGAAGGCUAGCUUUUUCAUUCUGAGGCUAUGAGUUUAUAGUGGUUAAGUAGUUCAGCUAGCUUUAGUUUCGGUUUGAUUGUGGUACAAUUUUUGUGAGAAUAGAUGGCUAUAUAAUCUAGUUUGAGACCAGGAGAUUAUGUUAGGAGAGAGGAUGCUGUUGUAAACUAAAGAAAUUUAGAGCAUAGGGGGAUGUUGAGGAUUUUUCGCUUGUAUUCUUGGGCCUUUUGGGAAAGUGGAUCGCUUGAUGCGGUAGAAACGGGGGAGCUUUUGUUGGGGAAAUUGCAAAAGGCUAUCACUGGAGGCACUUCAUAGCUUAUGUGGUCUGUCCAAAUUGGGAUCUAAUUGAAGGCACUAGCCAUGAUGUAUCUUUGGGUAUGCGGGCUCAUUUGGAAACUACAGCAGCUCAAACUCAGGCCUUAACUGAAAUGGGAAAUGGAUAUGCACUAAAGGUGAGGAAGCCAUAUACCAUCAAAAAACAAAGAGAAAAAUGGACAGAGGAAGAACACCAGAGGUUUCUUGAAGCUCUAAAGCUGUAUGGUCGUGCUUGGCGCCAAAUAGAAGAACAUGUAGGCACAAAAACUGCUAUUCAGAUUCGUAGCCAUGCUCAGAAGUUUUUUGCCAAGGUUGCACGUGAUUCUAAUGAAUGUGAGGGUUCCCUUAAUCCAAUUGAAAUCCCUCCUCCUCGGCCCAAGAAGAAACCUGCUCAUCCUUACCCUCGUAAAGUGACGGACGUUACUAAAACAACGCUAGAUGAUCCACAUCAACCUGAACAAGCUCCUCCAUUCAAGAGGUCGGGUGAAGAAAGGAACAGUAGGUCACCUACUUCAGUUCUGUCUGCACUUGGAUCGGAUACAAGUGGAUCUCCAUCUUCUGAGCCGCAAAGGUCUCACCUUUCGCCAGUGUCGUAUACUACUGAUGAUGCACACUCUGCUAUCGUUCAGUUAACUGAAAAUGAUAAUGAAUGCAUGACAUCUGACUCAUCUGUUGAGGAAGAGAAAGAAUAUGGUCAUGCAAUCCUGUUGGCUACUUCUGCAACCCAGGAUGAUGAAUCAGCAAUGGAACUCGAUUUGCUGACAUUUGGUAGAGCAUGUCCUGCUGAAGAUCCAGCUUUUGAACAAGCUCCGGCAAAAUUAAGUUGUUUGGAAGAACUGUAGAGAUUAAAGAGAAUCAAAAGUUGUCUUCAUCAGCACCUGAGAAUUCUGAACUAUCCCCUUCCCACUCCAUGAAAGAGAAAUUAGACAUUAGAAAUGGCCGCCAUAUGAUAGGUUCUGCAGAAAAUACUAUAGAUUCACAGGUUAAUUUGUCGUUGGUUCCGAGCUGCAUUACCCCAGUGGCUUGCUUAGUACCACAGUAUGCAGUAAGUGAGGAUUUUGGACAACUGGGUUCCAUUCCCCAUAUGAUACCGAUGUGGACUUGGUCUCAUGGUCCACUGUUGCCAAAUCUUUCUUUGAGCAAUCAAACAGCUAUAGAGAAUUUUGGGAAUAAUCCAUAUAAAGGGGCUGUCAAGAAUGAAGAAUCUCAAAGGGAAAUAUCGUUAACUGGUUCGAACGAUGGGUUGGUUACUGCAGCCAAGAGGGGCAGAAAAUUUUUAAUGCUAUUCAAUCUAAAAAUUUAGGUAAUGUUGAGAGACAGAGGUCUACCAAAGGGUUUGUGCCAUACAAAAGGUGUUUGGCAGAGAGAGAUGCAACAUCAUCUCUUGUUGCAGCUGAGGAGCGGGAGGGCCAAAGAGCCCGUAUUUGCUCAUAGCGCCUUCGGUUAUAUCCUAAUUCCCAUGAAGCACUUUUUUCAGAAUUUCUCAGUUUUAUCUGGGCUAAUUCAUUUUUAUAGAGGGUUCCGAUCCUAUUGACGCGCUAAUUCAGGUGAUGUGCAGAGAAUUAACAGUUUCAUGUAUGAGAAGAUCUUCAAGAUGCUACCAAUUGGUGGGAUAUUCUGUUGAAAAUCAGAGUCAGAUAAGCUAUGCUUUUUCACAGUGAUCAGGAAGCGCGCGCCAACAAGGGAAUGGCUUCCGACAAGUGAUUUUUCAUUGAUCUGUCAGAUAAUGAAUUUGGUAAAUUCAUCAAGACGUGUUCAUAAGUCUUUCUUUUUAACAAUGAUGCCUACUGACUUCUGUAAUGCUUUUCAUUUCUUCUUUCUACAUCUAACUGUAACCUGAGGAAAAUAUUUGUAACUGUGAAUCUAUCAAUAACAUUUCUUCCUGGAAUUGAUACAGCUUCCAUGUUGUAA